CUUACAUAAGCGAUUGCUACCAAUGUUAGGAAUCAUAACUGCUCCGACGAAAGUUUUCAGGCGCACAGCCCCAAAUCACGCUAAGCACGAUUGACUGACUUGGUUUUCUCAAGCCGGACUUCGAUCUCAACCGACAGCUCUUGGUCAACCUCUGCCCGCAUUGCCAUCAUGUCUCCUGUAACUGCCUGCCUGCUGGCCCUGCUGACGGUGGGGUUCCUCGUGGUCAAGCAAGACGCCUUGGUGCUCGAAGAGGUUGAAGCUGACGCCUUGGUGGUGCAAGAAGCCGAACGUGGUGUGUCAGAAACGAUAACGCAGUUGACCCAGGAAAUGGAGGCGUGUGCAGACAACGAAGACAUGGACUGCAUUUUGGCGUAUUUCGCCGAUGAUGUCCGAACGAUGCGGGAGGGAGCCGCGGGAGUUGACAUUGGAAAAGCUGAAACCCGAAAACACAUGAAGUGGAUUGAGCAAGAUUUAGACAUAACCAAGGAUGUACUGGAGAUCACACCUAGUACAGACGAAUCCAUCGUUGUGGAGCAGCUUAUAAUGACCAUGAAAUUCCCCAACGGAACUUAUGCCCAUAACUGGAAGGGACUGUUUGUUUGGAAGAAAGUCAACAACGACUACAAGAUCUACAUCGACAUAUUCAAUGACAACUAACACGCGUACGCUGUAAAUGAUGGCUAGGCUCUAAACAUGACGGCACAGAAAGACACAGA